UUGUGUUCAAAUAAAAAAAAAGCCCAAGUGGUGCACUAAAGGCUAAAGCCAUUGCUCUCCAUCUACCAUGAGCUCAAAGCCACAUGCUGCCAUACUUUGUAGCCCAGGCCUCGGCCACCUCAUCCCCUCCCUCGAACUCGCAAAACGACUUGUCACCCACCGGAAUUUCACAGUGACGAUAUUCGCCAUCCCAUCUCCUACUUCCAAGACUGAGUCUGAGCUCCUCAAGGCUGCUGCCACCCCCAAAUUUUUUGACAUUAUUGAACUCCCACCGCCCGACAUUUCCGGCUGUGUUGGCCCCAAUGUUGCUGUCGCUACCCUCCUUGCAGUCAUGAUGCGUGAAGUACGACCUGCGUUUCGGUCAGCCAUACUUGGAAUGGAGUAUUCUCUUCGUCCUACAGUGCUUAUCGUGGACCUCUUCAGCACCGAAUCUCUGUCCAUCGGCGACGAGCUGGGGAUUCCUAAGUACGUUUACGUUGCUAGCACUGCAUGGCUCGUAGCUUUGACCGUCUACGUGCCAGUUUUUGAUAGAGAAGUGGAAGGAGAGUACGUGGACCAAACUGAACCGUUGAGAAUUCCGGGUUGCAAGCCCGUUCAGCCCGAUGACGUGGUUGACCCGAUGCUGGACCGGACUGACCAACAAUAUUUGGAAUAUGUAAGGAUAGGUACUAAUUUCCCAAAGAGUGAUGGGAUUUUGAUGAACACAUGGGAGGACUUGGAGCACAAAACAAUAGAUGCGUUACGGGAUGAGGGACUCUUGGGUAGAGUGGCUAAGGUGCCAAUUUAUCCCAUUGGACCAUUGACGAGGCCGGUCCAAUCAGCUGGUUCAACCUCAACCGGUCUAAGGGAGGAGGGCUUGUUUAAUUGGCUAGACAAGCAACCUUGUGAAUCUGUGAUAUUUGUGUCAUUAGGGAGUGGAGGGACUGUGUCCUUUGAGCAGAUGACAGAAAUGGCUUGGGGUUUGGAGUUGAGUAAACAAAGAUUCAUUUGGGUUGUACGACCACCGGCUAAAUCCGCAGAUGCUGCUUAUUUCACUUCAGGAAACCAAGACGAUGACCCAUCAACAUAUUUGCCCAAGGGAUUCUUGACCCGGACCCAUGACGUUGGGUUAGUUGUGCAUCUUUGGGCGCCUCAAGUGGACAUUUUAAGUCAUCCAUCAAUAGGAGGAUUUUGGUCACACUCUGGAUGGAACUCAAGCCUCGAGAGCAUCACCAAUGAAGUACCGAUGAUCGUUUGGCCACUCCAUGCGGAGCAGAGGAUGAAUGCUACAAUGUUGACUGAGGAACUUGGUGUUGCCGUCAGAUCGAAAGUGCUUCCAUCGAAGAAAGUGGUUGACAGAGAAGAGAUAAAGGAAAUGGUGAGAAAGAUCAUGGUGGACAAAGAUGGUCAAGCAAUAAGAGGUAGGGUUAAGGAGCUUAAAUUAAGUGCUGCCAAAGCAUGGAGCGUAGGUGGUUCAUCAUAUAAUGCAAUUUCUCAAAUAUCAAGUGGCAAUCAAAGAAAAUGCUAG